UUUGGUUUAUCUUUCGUCCAAGAUCUGGGUCAACCGGACAUGCAUCGGACACCGAACGAAGGACUUGUUCCAUUAGAGAGUUGUUGGAUUAGAAAUGGAAGGGGCCUGGAAGCCAUACGAGGGCAUGGCCCCACCCGGACUGUUCUUUGUCUCUGUCCGUGCCUUGCAGCUGUGGACCUGGAAGGUACCUCUGUGAUCCUGGUGAUGACUGAUAGAGCAUCAGCCACACACUGUGGCUAGAAAGCUGCUGAAAGGUGGGGCUGGUCCUAGCUCCAGCCUCAAACGAGCUGCCAAGCCCAGCCUCGUGGUAGGCAGAGCGAACUGACGUGGGCUGAGCUGGAGACUGGGGCUUGCCUUCAGCAACACCACUCGACAUCAACCACAAGCCACUUCAAGACAGCCAUUUUCUUUUCCACGAGACCAACUUUCUGUCUGCGCACAGCUCCGAAAUAGCAUUCGACAACACAGAACGCACCAGAUACACUAAUCCAUCGCACUUCUCACAAUGGCGGACGCUGCGUUCAAGCCUGAGAAGGACUACUCCAAGGAGGUGGACCAGCAGCUUCCCGAGGCUGAGCAGCUCGCAAAGACGGAUCUCCAGGGUGCUAUCGAAAAGCUGUCUAUUCUUGAGAAGCAAGCCCGUCAGGCAUCCGAUCUCGCCUCCACAUCCCGAAUCCUCAUCGCCAUCGUUACCCUCUGCAAGAAUGCCGGUGACUGGGCCCUCCUCAGCGAACAGACCCUUAUCCUCUCCAAGAAGCAUGGCCAACUCAAACAGGCCAUCACCAAGAUGGUACAAACCGUCAUGGACUUCCUCGACCAGACCCCCACCCUAGAGAUCAAGCUCUCCGUCAUCGAGACCCUCCGUACCGUUACCGAGGGCAAGAUCUUUGUCGAGGUCGAGCGGGCGCGUGUGACCAAGAUUCUGUCAGACAUCAAGAAGCAACAAGGCGAUCUAAAGGCGGCGACGGAUAUUCUGUGCGAGCUCCAGGUCGAGACGUUUGGUUCUAUGGAACGUCGGGAAAAGACCGAAUUUAUUCUGGCGCAGGUGGCUCUGUGCAUUGAAAUUGGCGACUGGACCCAAGCCGGUAUUCUCAGUCGUAAAAUCAGCACCAGAUACCUGGCGCGCAAGCCUAAAAAGACACAGGAGCAGCUUGACAAGGAGCAGCAGGAACGUGAGAAGAAGGCGAAGGCCGGCGAAGAGGUACCAGAGGUAAAGGAGGACGAUGUCACAGAUCUCAAGCUCCGGUACUACGAGCAACAGAUCACGCUCGCCAAGCAUGACUCCAAAUACCUGGAUGUUUGCAAGCACUACCGACAAGUGCUUGACACGGAGACGGUGGAGGAGGACCCCAUCAAACUACGAGCUGUCCUGCAGAGAAUCAUCUACUUCAUCAUCCUGGCACCAUACGACAACGAGCAACACGAUUUGCUCCACCGCAUUCACAAGGACACGCGAAACACGGCCGUUCCGGAGGAUGCUGAGCUCUUGGAGCUCUUUACGGUACAGGAGCUGAUGCGGUGGCCUCAAGUAUCCAAGAUGUUCGGCCCCCAUUUGUGCAGCACCGAGAUCUUUGAUUCAGCCGAGGGACAAUCGGGCGAUGAGAAGGCGUUUGGCAGAUGGCAAGACUUGCGCAAGCGUGUGAUUGAGCACAAUGUGCGCGUGGUGGCCAAGUACUACACCCGCAUCCGGAUGGGCCGUCUGACACAACUCCUGGAUCUGACCGAGGAAGAGACGGAGAAGUACAUCAGCGAGCUGGUGACAUCCAAGACAGUGUAUGCCAAGAUUGACCGGCCUGCCCGCAUCGUCAACUUUGCCAAGCCUCGCGAUGCUGAUGAUAUCUUGAACGAGUGGAGCUUCAACAUGAAGAGCCUGUUGGGUCACCUGGAGCGGGUUGAUCACUUGAUCACAAAGGAGGAGAUGAUGGCUCGAAUUCAGCCAGGCGUGAAACAAACCAAGAGCAAGCCUUCGAGGCGUUAG